AUGGUUCGGCGCGCGGAACAGCACAGCAGGCUGGCCUAUGCCUUCAUCUUUCUCCUCGCAAUGAGGGAUGUCUCCGCUGCUCGCGAGUCCUUCCAGGCUCAGCAGUUGGCCGCCCACAUUGGCAGCAGCUUGAAGGCAACAGAGGCUUACAGCAACCGCCGUUCGGCAGUGGCCGCAUCGGAAGAGUUCUCCGUACGAACAAUGUGGUCUAUGGGUGAAGAGGAUUCCUUGCGAUGGGCAGAGGCCAACAUCACCUUCCGUUUUGCAGGUGGGCACAGAAGAAGGUAUGUUGAGAUUGCUGCAGGGCAAGAGUUUUACCGGGUCAUGCCGGAUGCGGUCGUGAUGAACCAGGAGAUUGAAGGGAUGGCAGUCGUGGCUAUCAUGGGAUGGCAAGCCUACGACCUCAGUUCUGGAACUUGGGGUGAGAGCGAGUACAGAAAGAAAUAUUCUCUCUUCUUCCGCACGGAGAUGAACCCCUCUAUAGGAGUCACCAAAUCAGGCUGGUGGCGCGUUGAAGGUCUAAGGGUCUACGAAGCCAAGCAAGCACAAGACAAGGACGACAAAGAGCCAAAGUUAUAUUACAUUAAUGAAAGCGGAAAAAUGAAGUCCAUCGACUCAGAUGACGUGACCCGACAUGCCAAGCAUCGAGAAGAGCUCCGCUUGCACAUACCUGGGUAUGCAGAUGGUGUUUUCAAGAGACCGGACAGAGAACUCAUGGCAAUGGUGGAUGGGAUGCUGGGCGAGACAUCCUGCAUGGGCAAUCCUAGCAAAUGUGCUUUCCGCUGCUUCUACGAUUCCGAGCAUGAUGUAUGUGGACCAGUGGCUUUUUGCCAGAAGGCUGGGACGGGUGCACCCGACAUUCUAGCACCUUUUGGGGAGCAGCAAAAGUGUCGCGCAGUUGGCGCCGAGAGCCACGAGCAAGCCGACCGAGUCAUCGCGGAGACUGGCAUGGGAAAAUUGAAGGACAUGGCAGUGGAUGUGACGGAGAGGCUGGAAAAGAGUGAGGCAGUUUCCUGGUCCAGUUCUGGUCGAAGCUCCUUGAAAGACUCCGUCAACCUCUGGCUUGAGGCGGCUGAUGUCCUCAACGUCCUCGAGACGUUGCCUAUGCGCGUGGCUGAAGACAACGGGGCCUUUCCAGCGGCCGCCCGGCGUGCCGCGGAGACAGACCUUAAGCACUGGCGACGGCGCCCUGACAAGCUGAGCAUCCAGGAGUACCAGGCAGCGGCUGCGGCGCCGGUCUCCUCCGUGAAGGCCUCCCGGCGCUUCUCCGUGGCUGCGAAGCUGCACAGCGAGCUCCAGGCCUUUCUCGUGAAGCGGCCCUCUGUGCUGAUGCACUACGUCAAAAGCGAGUCGCAGGAGAAGUGCAUCCUCUCGGACAAGACGGAGUCAGACCGAAACGAGGUCUCCAUCUUUGUGAAGUACUUUUUGAAAGUGCCGGGCUACAACUCCGAUGACCUCGCCUCCGUUCGCUUGGGCUUGCCCGAUCACUGCCAGGAAUUUCUUGCUGGCAUGGACAAGCUCGACGUGGAGCACUUGUCUCAAGAUGUUGCAACAGGGGAGAAGAUGUUGGAGCCGGACUCGCCAAGCUUUGGAGAGCUCAAGUCCAAGCGCCUCUCUUCCCUUGGCAGCCACGACAGCUUCAUUGAAUCCGACACUUUUAAAGCAGCAGGUGAAGGUACGGACGAGGCCCAGCAGAAAUUUGUCAUCAUCGCCUCCAUCAUCGUUGGUUUAGUUUGUCUCGUGGUUGCGGGGACUUUCUUUAUUGCCGGCUUGGCGAGUAUCAAUCAAUGUAUGAAGCAAAAUGGUGCACCGGGGGGCGAGCACUGUCUCGCUGCCUUUGUGUGCGGUGUUUGUGGAGGUUUGGUGAUUUGUGGAGCUUUUGCCAUGUCGCUGAUUGUUGGCGUGGCUGUCCUGGCCGGCACGAUGUUCUUGCUGAACAUCGCGCGGCAUUACUUCUUGCAGACGGCACAGCAUGAGUUCCACAAGAGCCCCCUCAUGCCAUUGGGAGCGACUCCGCGAUGA